AUGCCCGAGGCAUCAUUGGAAAUAUUAAAAUAUAUAGAACAACAAAAGAAAGUGGAAAAUGGUACAGAUCAUUUCCAUAGAUCGUUGUCAGUGUUUGGUGGCACCAUUCUAUUUGCAAUAGAACCCUUUUUAAAUGAUCCAGUGACUGUAUCAUCAUCAGUGUCGUUUGAUAUUGGAUAUAUUAUAGAAAUGUUGGAGGUUAUUAUUAAAUUAAUACCACUCAACAGUGACGAUCUAAAAUGGGCAAAGCCGGCAAUCAAAGAAAUAAUUAAAUUUGUUGAAAAAUACAUAAUAUUGGUUCCUUUGGUUUUAUUGGUUGGAUUUGUGUGUCUUUGGAUAGGAUUCUUUCAAGAGUAUAAAGAGACUAUAGAGGAGUUUUAUAGACUAGUACCUCCAAGUAAACUACUCUACUUUAUCAAACACCCAGAAACCAUUGUUACAAAAAAUAAUAGUACAACCAAUUGCAACAACAACAACAACAAUAACAACAACCUACCAUCAUUGAAUAAUUAUAAAUAUCCCAACCAAAGAUUUAUAAAUAUAUUAUUAUUGGUUGGAUUUGUUUAUCUUUGGAUAGGAUACUAUCAAGAACAUAUAGAGAAAAUAUAUUCGUUUAUGACAGGACAACUACCUCCAAGUAAACUACUCUACUUUAUCCAACACCCAGAAACCAUUGCAAAAGAGUUUAGCAAAGAUACUCCUUUAUCCCAUAUUUACUAUUCUUCUUAA